AUGGGCGAGCGCGGCGGCAGCGCGGGGGCCGCGGGCCCGGCCGGGGGCGGCGGCGGCCACCGAGCCCCGAGCCCCGCCCGGGGUAACGGGGGGAGCCGCCGGCGGCGGGGGGGACCCCCGAAACCCGAACACCCCUCCGGACAUGGCGACAGCGCCGAGGAGCCCGCCGGGGACUUCAGGUGCCACACGGUGCAGGAGUCUCUGCUGAGCUCGGCCAGCGGUUUCAGCAACUACCGGGGGGUGCUCAACUGGUGCGUGGUCAUGCUGGUUCUGUGCAAUGCGCGGCUCUUCCUGGAGAACCUCAUCAAGUACGGCAUCCUGGUGGAUCCCAUCCAGGUGGUCUCGCUGUUCCUCAAGGACCCCUACAGCUGGCCCAGCCCCUGCCUGGUCAUCGGGGCCAACGUCUUCGCCGUGGCGGGGCUGGAGCUGGAGCGGCGGCUGGCGGCGGGCUCCCUGUCGGAGCGCGCGGGGUCGGCGCUGCGCUGCCUCAACCUCCUGAGCAUCCUCUGCUUCCCGGCGGCCGUGGUGCUGCUGCUGCCCUCCGUCACCCCGGUGGGCGCCGCCUUCGCGCUGGGCAUCCACACCGUGCUCUUCCUCAAGCUCUUCUCCUUCCACGACGUCAACAAGUGGUGCCGCCAGCGCCCCCAAAACGCCCCAAAAACGCCCCAAAAACCGCCCCAGGGGGGUGAGGAAGCCCGCAGAGCCAACGGGGACGUGGCGCACCGAGAGGUGGAGUACCCGGAGAACCUCAGCUACCGCAACCUGUACUAUUUCCUGCUGGCCCCCACCCUCUGCUACGAGCUGAACUUCCCGCGCUCCCCCCGCCUCAGGAAACGCUUCCUGCUGCGCCGCCUCUGCGAGAUGCUUUUCUUCACGCAGCUCCAGGUGGGGCUGAUCCAGCAGUGGAUGGUUCCCACCAUCCAAAAUUCCAUGAAACCUUUUCGGGACAUGGAUUAUUCCCGGAUCAUCGAGCGCCUCCUGAAGCUGGCGGUGCCGAACCACCUGAUCUGGCUGAUUUUCUUCUAUUGGUUCUUCCACUCGUGUCUGAACGCGGGGGCGGAGCUGCUGCGCUUCGGGGACCGCCAGUUCUACCGCGACUGGUGGAAUUCGGAAUCCGUCACCUACUUCUGGCAGAACUGGAACAUCCCCGUGCACAAGUGGUGCCUCAGGCACUUCUACAAGCCGAUGCUGCGGCGGGGGGUGGGGAAGCGCACGGCGCAGGCGGCCGUGUUCCUCGCCUCGGCCUUCUUCCACGAGUACCUGGUGAGCGUCCCCCUGCGGAUGUUCCGGCUCUGGGCCUUCAUGGGCAUGGCGGCGCAGAUCCCGCUGGCCUGGCUGGUGUCGCGGUUCCUGCGGGGGCACUACGGCAACGCGGCCGUGUGGCUGUCCCUGAUCCUGGGCCAGCCCGUGGCCGUGCUCAUGUAUGUGCAUGACUAUUACGUGUUACACUGCAACAACACGGGAUAACACGGGAUAAACCACAGAAACCGGGAUAGACCGGGUUAAAACCGGAAUAACACGGGAUAAACCAGGAAUAAACCGGAUAAACCACACAAACCGGCUCAUGUAUGUACAUGACUAUUACGUGUUGCACUGCAACAACACGGGAUAACACGGGAUAGACCGGGAUAGACCGGGAUAAACCGGAUAAACC